AUGGCAUCCUAUGACCUGAUUCCUCGUAUGAUUCCGUAUAUGGAUAGACACCUUGUCUUUCCCUUACUAGAAUUCUUAUCGUUCAAUAAGAUCUAUCCCGAUCAUGAUCUUCUCAAAGCCAAAUAUGAGUUAUUAGCUAAGACCAAUAUGGUCGAUUUUAUCUCAGAAUUGUAUAAACAAAUCCAUAAUACCGACAAAGUGCCAUCAGAAUUUGCCAUUAAAAGACAAGAAGUGCUUCAAACAUUAGAAAAUCUUCAAACAGAAGCACAAAAGGUAUUGGAUAUUAUUGAAAACCCGGAAGUAAUUACGGCUCUUCGUCAGGAUAAACUCCAGAAUCUGCAUUUUCUUAGGGAAAAAUAUGGACUCACAGAUGAAAUGGUUUACACUUUAUAUCAAUUUGCCCAAUUCCAAUAUAAUUGUGGAAACUACGGAGGUGCCUCCUCUCUGUUGUACCAUUUCCGAAUAUUGUCUACAGAUCAUGAGCUCAUCUUGUCUGCUCUAUGGGGAAAGCUUGCAUCAGACAUCUUGGAUCCCAACUGGGAUGCUGACGCUGCGUUAGAAGAAGUCCAAAAGUUGAGAGAAACAAUUGAUCAGAAGAACUUUGCAUCUCCCCUGCACCAGCUCCAACAACGCACGUGGUUUAUCCAUUGGUCAAUUUUUGUGUUUUUCAACCAUCCCAAGGGACGUGACAGCAUCAUUGAUGUCUUUUUCAAUCCUUCUUAUAUCAAUACUAUUCAAACUUCAUGUCCAUGGAUUCUCCGAUAUCUUACCACUGCAGUGGUAACCAACAAACGUCGUAAAAAUAUUUUAAAGGAUUUAAUUAAAAUUAUUCAACAAGAAAGUUAUGAGUAUAGAGAUCCUAUCACAGAAUUUAUUGAAAGCCUUUAUGUUAAGUUCGAUUUUGAAGGCGCACAGCAUAAGUUAAAGGAAUGUGAGGAAGUACUCUCUAAUGAUUUUUUCCUUGUGGCAACAAAAAUGGAAUUCAUUGAAAACGCUCGAUAUUUGAUAUCCGAGACAUAUUGUCGAAUUCAUUUGAAAAUUGAUAUAAGUGGAUUGUCCCAAACGUUGAAUUUAGGUAAAGAAGAAGGUGAAAAAUGGAUCGUUAACUUGAUUCGAGAUACUCGUGUUGACGCGAAAAUUGAUUUCAAAGAGAAUACUGUUAUAAUGAAUCAAAAUCACACUUCCAUUUAUCAGCAAGUUAUUGAAUGCACAAAAGGUCUAUCAUUUAGGUCUCAAGUGAUGUCUUCUACAAUUGAAAAACGUGAGGCUCAUCAAUCUUCUAACGCGGUCGAGGCUGUCGUGGAAUAA